AAUUUAACCGCUUUAAUUCCCUGCGGAGGUUUAGUUUGUGAAAGUGAAGGAAAUCUGCAUCCUGAGUGUCUAGUUCGGUCUGCGACGGAUCAUCUCGUGCACAAAAGAAAGCUGAAACGUUGCAGCUUAGCGUGUUUUCUGGGCUCAUUUUUCCGUCCUUAAAUCGUGCCGUUUGCCAAUUGUUUUCAAAAAUAUUUUCACGUCCAUCGUUUCGAGUUGUCCUCGUGGUAAACGCACCAAAGAAGCCUAACCGAUGCGCCAAAACCCGUCCGAAAACAGUUGACGAAGGGUGACCGAAAUGUUCUAGAAGCAUUUUUCGUUCCGCGCAGCAGCAGCAGCGUGUGUUCGUCGAUGGUGGUGUGGUGUGUUAUUGUUUAAGUGCGUGACAAGUACCGUUGUGCUAGGAAGCGAUAGGCGUCGUUGUUGUGCUUCGAAUGUGUAAACAAUCGGGAGCAUCGAAAUUUAAGAUUUACAAAAAUCAGAUCAGCUAAAGAUUGUAUCGCUGUGCGGUUGGAAAAGGAUUAAUAGGAAGGGGAAAGGAAGAAGACAUCCGUGAGGUAGCUAAACGAAGCAAAAGCACAGUUUCUCAGGGUCGAAAAGGCAACGGAGUAGGGAUUCGGUUAAACGGGCUUGGACAAGAAAUACAGUAUCACCAUGUGCAAUCGGUCGUACGCCAGAAGUAGCUGUGCCAAACGAUCUCGUUUCGACCUGCAGUUCGAUGAAGAGUUUGGUCCUUCGGAGGUCGCCAGCACGCCAAGAUUCAUCGAUAUCCUGGAUCAGCUGGACACGAAGGUGGAAUCGCUGCGCAAGGAGGCGCUGGUUCUACGAGAUCAGAAGGAUUUCCUUGCCAUGUCUGUCGACCUGCUAAAGAACAACGAGUACCUCACCGGGUUGAACGAAAAUGAGCGCGAUGAGAUUAACUGCUACGUGCAGCGGAUAAGCAACCGGCUCGGUACGGUCGAGCUAAACGUGUGCACCGUCCGCGACCAGGCCCAGGAGGACUCGCUACACCACGUCAACAGCCUGAUCGACAUGAUCAUCUCGAGCGCCGAUCCGGUCAUGUCGCGCCAAAAGUGCCAACAAUUUUUAAACGCAUGCAGCACCACAGACACGAGCGUGUACUCGGACAUCGACCCGACCACGGUCUGCACGGACAAGAAAUUCGAGAGUGCUCUGCUCGGCUGCACGCUCGACGACCAGAAGACGAUCAAGAAGCGCCUGCAGGCGCUGCUGGUUUACCUGACGCAGCAAACGAUCGUCCACUGAAGGAUGUGAAGGUAGCGGGAAAGGGGAGCUCCUGGACGGAACUCGAUGGUCGUGGUUUCUGUUCCGCGUCUUUCGGUGACUUGUGUCCAGGGCCUAACUAAAGGGACUUCAAAUGAACUAAUCAUCAUCUGCCGCAUCAGGAAAGAGGUUUAAAAUGGUUAAACCGCGGGCUAACAUAAAUUCAGCAGUCCAAUUCAUUUAAUGUAUCAGAUAAAAUGAAAACAAAGGAAUCGGGCAAGGAAGAGAUGAUCUAAUGGCCUACAGUUAUGCUGUAGGGGGCCGGUGCAGAAUCAGUUAAUAAGUUGUUUACGAUUUUAAAAUUCAGUAAAAGAAUCAUAUGAACCGCACAAAAACGUCCUAUUAUCGCUUUACCAUGACCUGUCUACGAUUAGAUGGCUGCUUGGGGACUCUUCAAUAGCUUUCAUGGAAAGGAAUCAUGAGUUUCCCCAGGUUGUUGGUGACAUCGACCUCUGGAUGUAUCGCACGUGGGCUCGGUUGUACAACACACCAACAUUCCCGAACGCAUUCGAACAACAACUCGCAAUUUUCUUCUUUUCUUUUGUUUUAUCAUUUUGCUAAAUGGUGCUCUAGUUUUGAUUCAAAAUGUCUUGAUGUUUUGAUUUUAUUUUUUUAAGCUUCAAUGUUUUCCUAUAAGCACUAAAUACGCUUUACAGUAUACCUUCUCUUCACUCUUCAUAUAUCAUGAAUGUUUUCCUACACUUCUUCUAAUUUUCUACCGAGCGCAAUCUCACGAAAUCUUAACAAGAUUGCUAGAAAUCUGCCACUAUAUGCCUCACUUGGUGUAACCAAAUUGACUGAUCGAGAAGGAAGGAGAAUGAUGAACGUACUGCACCUCCGUUUGUUCAAACAGACUGGAUCAGCCUGGAUUCGAUUCGGGUUGUCGAAUUUGCUUUUCUCACCCAAGGCUACCCGAUCCCGCGUCUGGUUAUCGAAAUUUUAGCAUCAUUCACUUACGAACUUUAUCGGACUAGUAGUAGGGACGCACAUAACUGAAUUUGAUGGAAUUCACGAUAAACAGUAGGGAUGAUCUGUCGUUUGGGCUACAACGAGUCGAACCGGACAGCCCAUUAGUUAUAAACCGUUCUACGAAUCUGGCCAUAAAAAGCGACAUUGUCUCUACGAAAAACUGCCAGUUUCGGAAGAUAGCAAAAAACUACCUGCAGCAUUUGCAUGAAAAGUUGUAGUAAAAGAGAAAUUUAGUUCAACAUAGUUUCUGCUCUCAUUUCUUCCAUUUCUCUUGUAGCAUUAAAAAACCAAGAAAAAAAUGAUACGAAAAGGAUUGUAGACCACCAGGUCCGAAAUGAAACAUUGAAGAAACAAGAGAGGAAGGGAACGAUACCAAUGAGUAUAAUUGGACAAGCGUGUAUGUACUCUAAAAGAAUGAAAAAAUAUAUUGAAGAUUUCUCAUGUACAAGAUAACGCUAGAUUAUGUUUCCUGAUUGUUAACAAAUAUUUCAAAUAUACUAUCGGCAAACAAAAAAAGAAACAUUACGUUUUUCCGGAUAGGAACUUUAUAAUUUAUGGUAAAAAUAAACU